AUGCGUUCAAUCACCAUUUCCCGCCGUCUUGCACACGUGCUCACCAGCGCUCAUCCAGCUCCAUCCACAUCAUCGAUUCCAUCAACUGACUCUCAUCAUUUGACUCAUCCAUCGGUUCAUCAUCAACACAAGAAUUCAUAUAUUCAUGGAACUUCGAACAUCCCAUUGAGAAACGAGACAUUGGGACAGACACUUCGCAACACUACUGAACGAGUUCCAGACAAGGAAUUCUGUGCUUUUUUGAAAUAUCCAUUGAGAAAGACUUACGAGGAGUUCUAUCAUGAUGUCCGCCAAAUGGCUGCCUCCCUCUACACCCUCGGACUGGAAAAGGGAGAUCGUGUCGGAGUUUGGGGACCAAAUUACUAUGAAUGGGUCGUCUUACAGUACGCUUGUGCAUUCGCUGGAGUUAUUCAAGUCAAUGUGAAUCCACAUUAUCUUCACGAAGAACUUCGUUUUGUUAUGAGAAAGACUGGAAUGAAGGUGUUGUUUGCCCCAAAGAGACAUAAGCACAGCAACUAUGUUCACACUCUAAUUGAGGCAAUGCCAGAAAUGCGUCGUGGAAAGCCAGGAGUCGGUCACAUCAAGUCUCAUGACAUCCCAGAACUCCGUCACAUUGUUCUUUUCGGAGAUGAUGUUCCAGUUCAUGGAGCAUGGGUUUACUCGGAUUUGAUGAAAGCAGCUGGAACUGAUGAGAGAGCAAAACUAGAGGAUAUGGAUAGAAAGCUGAGGCCAGAUGAGCCAGUGAACAUGCAAUUCACAAGUGGAACAACUGGACAUCCAAAAGGAGCAACUCUUACUCAUUUUGGAUUGAAUAACAAUGCUUAUUUCGCUGGAAUCCGUCUUGGGUGGGAUCGGGAGGAUCAUCGUAUCUGUAUCCCCAACCCACUCUAUCAUUGUUUCGGAUGUGCUGUUGGUGUGAUCAAUGCAGUCAAUCACGGACAAACAGUCAUCUUCCCAUCCAAAUCAUAUCACGUUCCUGAUAUUUUCGAAGCAAUUCAAAACGAGAGAUGCACCACAAUGUUUGGAACUCCAACAAUGUUCAUCGAUGUACUGAAGAGUCCAUUGAUGAAACAAUACGAUACUUCAUCACUUCGUGGAGGAGUUAUCGGUGGAGCUCCAUGUCCAUUGGCUCUCUGUGAGAAAAUGGUAAAGGAGAUGAGAAUGACUGAUUUUGCAGUGAUUUAUGGAUCUACUGAAACAAGUCCCUUGGUCACCAUGUCCGAGCUCCACGUGGAUCCAUUCGAGAGAAUCAAGUCUGUCGGAUCUGUGAUGCCACAUCAAGAAAUCGCCAUUGUUGAUGAGUACGGAGUUCCAGUUCCAACUGGAGCCAAAGGAGAACUCUGGUCGCGUGGAUACUCGACAAUGUUGGGAUAUUGGGCUGAUCAAGACAAGACAAAUCUGGCAAUCACUAGGGAUCGUUGGUAUAAAUCUGGAGAUACAGCAGUGAUGAAUGAAGAUGGAACCAUCAAUAUUGUGGGAAGAACUCGUGAUAUGAUUGUGAAGGGAGGAGAGAAUGUCUAUCCGACUGAAGUGGAACAGUUCUUGCACAAAUUGGAUUAUGUUGCUGAUGCACAUGUUGUCGGUGUCCCAGAUGACCGCUACGGAGAGAAUAUCUGUGCCUGGGUACGUCUUCGUGUUGAGGAUGAAGGAAAGAUCACUCCGGAGAAGAUUAUCAAGGAUUGCAAGAUUGGAAUGGCUCACUACAAAGUUCCAAAAUAUGUACUGAUCAAGAAGGAGUCAGAAUUCCCGUUGACAAUUUCUGGAAAAGUGAAGAAAUUCGAAAUUCAGAAGAUUUCAAAGGAGCUGUUGGGUCUCGGAACAGUCAAAUCUCACUUCACAGAAGUCGUCGACAAUUGA